AAAGACGUAUCGCAACCUUUAGAUGUGACUGCAGAGGGGUAAUACUACAUAAAGACGUCAGAGGACGACAUGUAGGCGCAUAUUACGACUUGUGUUGGGACACAGCAAGAUCAACAAGCGGCUGUGUAUUUACAUAUUCAAAAGUAGCAGUAACGUGAACAAACAAAAACGUACAUGGCAACAAGACACAGGUGAAGCGAAAUACAUGGCAAUCAAACAUGGGUCUGACAUAGCUAUUUGGUUCAUAAACGUUAUGAAGCACUUCGGAAGAGAACUGGAAUCAUCAAUACCAUUCAAAACAAACAAUACUGCUGCCUUAAUAAAUAUUAUCAACCCGGAUCUAUCACUGGCCUCAAACACAUAAGAGUACAAUAUCAUGCAGGUAAGGAAAGACACGAACAAAAAGAAAUAGAGGUAAAAGGAAUUCGCGCCCAUGAUCAAUUGCCAACAUUUUCCACUAAAGCACUAAAUGGAAACCAAUUACGGAUGUUAUGUAAAGGAAUUGGCAUCAACAUAUCCAAUAACAAUACAGUAAAAUACACAUCAACAAUAAAUGAUCCGCAGUAUACACAGCAGAA